AUGCAGCUUGCGUUGGCACGUACCAGGAGCGAUGCGACAGUCAAAACCACGGGCAGUGAAGAUGAGUUUGAACUACACAAACGUCGCCGCUUAGCUGAGAAGGACAAGAAAAAGGCCUACGAGGUUGCCGAGGAGCAAAAGCGACUGAAACGACCUGGUCCUGGCGGCGCAGCGCCAGAUAUGGCCAGUCGUCCAGCCAAAGCAGCUCGCGGCACUGGCCUCAAGUCUACAAAUCCGUCUACUACCGCCGUAAUCCCAGACGAGUACCUUCCCCCAAACAAAAUUCUGUUUGUGCAGAAUCUUCCAGAAGAUUACGAUAUCGAGGCUGUCACCAGCAUAUUUGGGCGGUUUGAAGGUUUCCGAGAAGUUCGUUUAGUCCCUGGUCGCCGCGGCAUAGCUUUUGUCGAAUAUGAAGGCGAGCAAGGAGCAAUUACAGCAAAGGAAAAUACGGCUGGCAUGGUUCUUGGGGAGGCGAAUACCAUUAAAGUUACGUAUCAGCGGCAGUAG